CUACUCGCUCCGCUCGAUGGUGCGCGGCCGCCGGGCUGGUCGUCCCGGAGCGGGUAGCUCUGGAGCCGGCGCGCGGUAGUUUAUCUGGAAACCAAUUUGGAGGUUAUGGAUGAUAAAACCAAUCCUGGAACCGAAAAUGAGAACUCAGACCUUCUUUUCUCCUUUGGAGUCAUAGCAGAUAUUCAAUACGCUGAUUUAGAAGAUGGAUACAAUUUCCAAGGAACCAGACGGAGAUACUACAGACAUAGUCUUCUUCAUUUGCAGGGUGCUAUUGAAGACUGGAAUCAAGAAAGCAGCCCACCUUGUUGUGUGCUUCAGCUUGGAGAUAUCAUUGAUGGAUUUAAUGCACAGCAUAAUACAUCAGAAAAGUCACUGGAAGUUGUUAUGAACACGUUCCAAACACUCAAAAUCCCUGUUCAUCAUACUUGGGGAAAUCAUGAAUUCUAUAAUUUUAGCAGAGAUUAUUUAACAAACUCUAAACUCAACACAAAGUUUCUAGAAGACCAGAUUGUACAACAUCCUGAGACCGUGCCUUCCGAGAACUACUAUGCUUACCAUUUCACACCAUUUCCUAAAUUCCGGUUCAUUUUGCUGGAUGCUUAUGACUUGAGUGUCUUGGGCUUGGAUCAAUCUUCUCCAAAAUACCAGGAGUGUCUGAAGAUACUAAUGGAGCAUAAUCCAAAUACAGAAUUGAAUAGUCCUCAAGGACUUUCUGAGCCCCAGUUUGUCCAGUUUAAUGGUGGAUUUAGCCAAGAGCAGCUGAACUGGUUGAAUAAAAUUCUUACAUUCUCUGACACAAACCAAGAAAAGGUGGUAAUUGUCAGCCAUCUUCCCAUUUACCCAGAGGCUUCUGACAGUGUGUGCCUGGCCUGGAAUUUUAAUGACGCCUUGGCAGUCAUUUGGGCUCACAAGUGUGUGGUGUGUUUCUUGGCUGGUCACACUCAUGACGGUGGCUACUGUGAGGAUCCUUCUGGUGUGCACCACGUCAACCUAGAAGGGGUUAUUGAAACAGCUCCGGACAGUCAGGCUUUUGGCACAGUUUAUGUCUAUCCUGACAAAAUGUUGUUGAAAGGGAGAGGCAGAGUUCCAGACAGAAUUAUGAAUUACAAGAAGGAUAAAGCUCUCCAUUUUUAAUCUGAUUUCUUUUGUUUACCAUUACAGAAAGAGAAUGACUUACAUUUGUGUUUUUGUUCCCCUCUCCCCACUAAAUCCUCAGCCUCAUUGUUUAUUCUAUUUGAAUAAGAAAAUUUAUUCAUGGCUUCAAUGUGCAUUAGUGCAUAUGAUAUUCUGUCAUUUUUGAAUAAUAUAUCCAAUGCUGAAAAUUAGAAACAAAAUGAAUGCAAGUGGCAUAAAUAAACCAGGAAGAGACUGAGGGUGGAAAAAUGUAGUCCUCAAAACAGCGUUUAUAAAGCCUUAUAUGAACAUUUUUACUUUUUACAAGGAGAAUCUAUUCAUAUGUUAACUAUGUACUUCAAAUUCAUAAGAAAGAAAUAAAAAUAAGCUCAGGUGAAUUUUCUCUUUUUACCUUAAUGUGUGAAUGAACUUUGUGGACGUAUUUUUCUCAGAAUAUCCAUCAAGUUUGUACUUUUAUAGGCAUAUAUUUCUAUUUUGUAAACCAGAAACAUGAAUAGUUAUUUCACAGGUGAAUGAAUGGUGUUCCCAUCACACAGGUGAAUGUGUGGCUUCCCUUGAGAGGAUGUAAGUAAGAAGAUCCUGUAGAGAAGUCAGAGGAUCCUCUUAGGAUUCCCAGAACCACUGUGUCUGCUCGCCUGGUCUGUGUGAGAUGACAGUAGGUAAAUGAAUUUACCCUUUACAAAUAGGACAUGCUUAACUCCAUUGUCAUAUGUGCUAAGGCUUACUUGUAGAAAUGCUUCCUAGGUGGAAAUGGGAUUGUUCAAGUGUAGAGAAAGUUUGAUUCAGGGCCUAGAAAACAGUAAGAGAUAAAAAUCCAAUGCCACUACACAAUGUAAGUGUGCCUGCUGAGUACGCAGGCCCCAAAAGGUAGUGUUUUUUAUAUAUUUAUUGAGAUACAAAAGGAACUAUGUGUAUUCACAGCAUUCAUAACCUUAUAUGGGGGGAGAUGCAGAUAGAGUAAAAAUGUAUAUUGAAUCUUACUCUCUUUUUUUUUUUUUUAAAUAGAACAGUACUGUCUUUUAAGUGCAGAAUCAAGCAUUACUUGGAGACCGGUGAGUUGGCCAGGAAGACCGCAUCUCCUUGUUUACAUAUAUGUAGACCCAUGAGAUAAGAGGGAAAAGAGCAAUUGCAGUGGCAAUAACCAACUGAGUUCUUCCACCAACUGGAUUCCUAUAAAGACACACAC